GGCAGGCGUUCGUCCGUUUACGGCGUUCCCCCGAUUCGCUUCUCGAUAGUUUAUGGAUGCUGCAGCAGAAGAGGUUAAAAGAGACAGCCGCGGGAUCCGACCUCCCCUUCCAUCCCCACAUCCCCUUUUUAUAAAAGCAUUAAGUGGUAAUUAUCAUCAUGGCCUCACUCCGCAGCCCUGUCCCUUCCGCAUCCCUUCUCUCUCCCCCACCUCCACGCUCCCCCCACCUGGUCCACCACUGCCGCCCCUCCUCCUCCUCCUCCUCCUCCCGCGCUCGCACUCCCCUAAUGGCAAUGGCGUCUUCUUCUCCCCCGCAGCUGCAGGAGCUGAAGCAGGGGAUUGCCGACUUCUACGACCAGUCCUCCGGCUUGUGGGAGCAGAUAUGGGGCGACCACAUGCACCACGGCUUCUACGACUCCGACGCCGACGACGUCUCCCUCUCCCUCACCAACCACCGCUCCGCCCAGAUCCGCAUGAUUGAAGAGUCCCUCCGCUUCGCCUCCCUCCUCCAUCCUGAUUCCAAGAUACCGAAGCGAAUCGUGGACGUGGGAUGUGGGAUAGGAGGGAGCUCCAGAUACCUGGCUCAGAAAUUCGGAGCCCAAUGUCGCGGUAUCACCUUGAGUCCGAUCCAAGCCCAAAGGGCCAACGCUCUCGCCGACUCCCAGGGACUCUCCGACCAGGUUUCCUUCCAAGUUGCAGAUGCUUUGCAGCAGCCCUUUCCCGAUGACGAGUUUGACCUCGUUUGGUCCAUGGAAAGCGGGGAACACAUGCCUGACAAACCUAAGUUUGUGCAAGAGCUGGCUCGAGUUGCAGCCCCAGGAGCCACGAUUAUUAUCGUCACCUGGUGUCACAGGGAUCUCAACCCCUCUGAAGACUCACUGAAACCAUGGGAGAAGGAACUGCUCCAAAAGAUCUGCAAAGCUUAUUUUCUUCCCGCUUGGUGUUCGGCUGCUGACUAUGUCGGCCUAUUGCACUCCCUCUCCCUCCAGGAUAUUAAGGUAGCAGACUGGUCCCCAAAUGUUGCACCUUUCUGGCCAGCAGUGCUGCGCACUGCAUUGACGUGGAAAGGCCUGACAUCGCUGCUCUUCAGUGGAAUCAAGACCAUUAAGGGAGCACUGGCAAUGCCACUGAUGAUUGAGGGAUACAAGAAGGGAGUCAUCAAGUUCGCCAUCAUUACAUGUCGAAAGCCCGAACAAGCUCCGGAUGUAUAGAUGGAAUAGAUGUGGGGAAUAAAUCUUCCGAAACUCACAUCAUUAUCAUCAUGACGCUGCUGUCGGCUUACUGAAACUCUGUUGUUGAAGAUUACAUUGUGCUGAAUAAGAUCAGGUGCCUCCUCUUUUUUGUCCCUGGUUGCCUGUACAUCGGUGCCUCUCUAGCGGUAUGUAGAAGGCAACCAUCUGCGUGGAUACAGGUGCUAGAUCGAACUUGGUUCCUCAUUCUAUAACUUAGAUGUUGUUAGAAGGAUGGGGGGGCGAUGGACAUAGUUGGAGUCCAGGAAUGGCCCUCUCCACGAUGUACUCGUUCAAAGCAUCUAGAUGGACAGAGGAAAGGACUAGCGUGUAAAGCUUUUCGGCUUUUGCCGGCCGUGGCCUCUGCUUAAAAUUUGCAAUUGCUUCUUAUUC